ACGCCUGUCCAGCGGUGUGCGCGGUGCCGCAGCUCCCACGGGCUGCGCUGUGGAGAAGCGGUCCUGCAUCCUAAAGCCAGCCUCUCUCUCUCUCUCUCUCUCUCUCUCUCUCGCUCUCUCUCGCUCUCUCUCUCUCUCUCUCUCCCUCACUCACUCUCUCCCUCACUCUCUCUCCCUCUUCUGGUUUUUAUCCUCCACCUCAUUGCAGUCUCAUCACGUCCCCCCUCUUGCUCUGGCACCCCCCCCUCCCUCACCCCCGUCCAUCCAUCCGCCUCAGCCGCUACAGGAGGAGAGAGAGGGAGAGAGGAGUGCGGCUGAAUGUGAACGACAUGUCGACAGUCAGCCUCUAAAGUGUUUUCUCGGUCGUUCCUUAAUUCUUUGGCGGCGGACAGAUGCGGUGAAGGGCCGAUGUCGGCCUGUAGCCCCAGGCUGCUGAGCUGAGAAGGAGAAGCAGGAGGAUGCAGUGGGUCACUCUGGCAGUGGCCCUGGGGUGUGUGUGUCUGUCCUGGGCGUCGCACACCCCCACCCCUACCCCCACCUCCACACACACCCCUCUGGUGGACAACUCCGAGGAGGAAGUGGACGAGCCGUGCUUCGAGCCGUGCACGUGCGAGGUCAAAGAAGGCGUGCUGCACGUGCACUGUGACGGGCGGAGCUUCACUAAUGUCACCCAGGUGUCACAGUCGUGGGUCCGCCCUUUCAAACUCAACCUCCAGAGGAACUCUCUAAGGCGUCUCUAUAGCAACGGGUUUCAGCACCUUGGCAACGCAGUGUCGAUAAACCUCGGCAACAAUGCACUCCAGGACAUCCGAGUGGGAGCUUUCAACGGGCUGGCCAAACUAAGACGCCUGUACCUCCACGAGAACAAGCUGGAGGUCUUCAGAAACGACACCUUCGCUGGUUUAGAGGCUCUGGAAUACCUCCAGGCCGACUACAACGUGAUCAAACGAAUUGACAGCGGCGCUCUGAGGUUCCUCUACAAGCUCCGGGUUCUCAUCCUCAAUGACAACCUGAUCCCCAUCUUGCCUGCUCAUCUGUUCAGAUCUGUGUCUCUGACUCAUCUGGACCUGCGGGGAAACCGUCUGAAGAGCUUGGCAUAUGCUGGGACCCUGGAGUAUGUUGGUCGCUCCCUGAUGGAGCUACAGCUGGAGGAGAAUCCUUGGAACUGUGGCUGUGAGGCCGUUCAGCUUCAGCAGUGGCUGGGUCAGAUCCCCUACACGGCUGUUGUUGGGGACGUUACAUGCGAGUAUCCCUUCCACCUUCACGGCAAGGACCUGAGGGAAAUUCCCCGCAAGGCGCUGUGUGCCGACCUGCCGGACAAAGAGCUACAAUCAGAGGGGGGUGUUUCCACGGCAGGGUCGCACCCCCGUCAUUCGCCCCCUAUCUCUAAACCCAACGCCCACCCAGGGCGAGUCAGGCCCACUAAACCCUCCUCUAUGGUGCACGGCUCCCGCCAAAACACUCACACCUCCUCCACAUCUUCGUCCUCCUCCUCAGCAGAGCGCAAAGACAGAGAGAGGCACCUGAGGCCGACGAAAAGGCCCCGACCCUCCAGAACAUCUCCCACUCCUCGCAGUCUGAUGCCCAACCAUAAUCCCCCCGUGGCCGGCUACCAAACACGACCCCCCAUCCCAAUAAUCUGUCCCCUGGGCUGCACUUGCAACCUGCACAUCACAGACCUCGGCCUGACUGUUAACUGCAAGGAGAACGGCUUCCUCAACGUGUCCCAGCUCACACCUCGGCCCCUCAACGGCCGCAAGCUCUACCUGAGUGGAAAUUUAAUUCAGAGGAUCUACCGCACAGACUUCUGGAAUUUCUCCAGUCUCGACCUGCUUCACCUGGGGGACAACCGCAUCUCUUACCUGCAGGAGGGGGCCUUCUCCAGCCUGACAAGCCUGAGGAGCCUCUACCUGAAUGGCAACAACCUGGAGAGGCUCAGCCCCCACGUAUUCCUGGGGCUGCAGAAUCUUAGGUACCUUUAUUUUGAGUACAAUGAGAUCAGCGAGGUAGAUCCCGGGACACUUGACUCCAUGCCGUCCCUCCAGCUGUUGUUCCUCAAUGCCAACCUGCUGCGGAGCCUCCCUCUUGGCGUGUUCUCAGGAGUUAAUCUCGCUCGUCUCAAUCUGAGAAACAAUCACCUUCUGCUGCUUCCUAUGGAGGGCGUGCUGGAGCACCUCACCGGACUGGUACAGGUGGACCUGCAGCAGAACCCGUGGGAGUGUAACUGUGAAGCAGCUCCACUGAAGCGGUGGCUGGAGGGGCUCAGCGCGGUUGUGGUGGUGGGAGAGGUGGUCUGCCAUUCCCCGGAAAAGACCAAAGGCGUAGACCUGCGCUCCCUCUCCAUGGAGCUGCUCUGCCCUGAGCUGGAGCCCCAGGAGGACCAGGACCCGGAGGAGCACACAGCCACCUCCACAGCUGCAGACAGGGGUGUAUCGGUUGGCUACCCCGGCUCCGGGCUGGGCCCCCUGAUCCCUCCGGGGAAGGAUUCAAUCCCUCUCUCGGUGUUGGUACUCAGCCUGCUGGUGUUGUUUGUCUCUGCGUUCUUCGCGGCAGCGGCACUAAUCGCCUACGCCCUAAGGAGGAGGGACAAGCUGCCGUUCCGUCGCCAGGGAGAGGUGGAUUUGGCCGGCAUCCAGAUGGAGUGUGGCAUCUUCACUGAGCAGACGCACCACCAUCACCACCACCACCACCACGGCCUCCCAGAGACGCCGCCCCUUCCUCCACCGGAACACAAUCACGUCUACGACAUAAUCUUGCCCCCUGAGGCUGCAUCGAAAGGUCCCGACCCCACCGCAGCUUCGCACAUGUGUAGCAAACCCAUCUACAAAGAGGAACAGGACGCCGCGGUGAAACAACGACCACGGCAGCAACAGACAUUUGCAGCCUCCAAAGAGAGCGAGGGAGGAUACUGCUCUGCAGCAGAGAAGGAGAGGAACUGGUCUCUGGAGGUGUCCUCAUCACCCAUCAACACUGUUACAGGAGCAAUGGGACCGCUCCCCGGCCUUCAUGGCAACGGCAUCCUCUGCCCCACGGUGAUAGACAGCCAAGGCCCCACCCCUAAAGUCGAACUGGUGGACUGCCUCUUCAGACUCCCCGCCCCAGAGUUCAGAGAGCUGCCAGAUAGGUACGCGAGGCCGCCGCCCCGCUACCCCCACCCCCAAGACUCUAAACAGGACACCAGACCCGACCAAAUGCUCGUGGUCACCACCCUCAGCUCCACGUCGGGCGGCGGUAACAGCAGCCAGAGCGAGCAGGGUGCGGGAGAGCAGAGAGCCAGACUGAGGACCACACCGGACUACAUGGAGGUGCUGGACCGCUCGUACCAGUUCUAACACUCCUCCCCCCUCUCCCUCUCCCCCUCCCUCCUACUCUUCCUGCUACCCCUUUCCUCUCGUCUCCUCAUCAUCCCCCUCUCGGGUGAUGAAUCAUCCAGUAACAAUGACUUCUGUACAGAGGCUGGCAUGACUUUGAGAGGAGCCUGUGGGGGAGCAGGACUACACUACACACCAUGUUUAUUCCUGGAUAACGAGCUGAGGUCAGUUUUUCUAUUCCCCCCCCCACUACCGGCAUAUAGGAUUGGCAAGGAUUUGCUGAUCCCAGAUCUCAGCCUGGAGGCAAAACCUCCGCUGCAGCUACUCCAGUAUUUUUUUUCCUCCAUUACACCUCACGAUCGCAAAAGAACCAAGGCUCUGUUUUUUCCACUCAGUGCCACGCUGAGCAGGAGACAGCGCGGUGGUGGGCGUUUAUGUUCAUAUUAUCACUCUCAGAAGACCUGCGUGGAGGUGAAAACACACCAGGUCUGUGCAACAUCAAACACAGAGUCACAAACUGUGACAGUCGGAAGGUGCGGAGCGAGCCGGGCGGACACUUGAGAUGGAGACACGACGCGAGAGGGAGAGAAAUUACUGAAAAACAGCCAAGUGCCUUAGCAAUGAACAGCCAGCAGUGUGGUCAAUGCUUAUUUUUCUAUGAAUACAGAUCUAUUUAUCUAAACAAAGAGGUUUGACUACCAACGGAUGGGACGCUGAUGGACGACUGAGACUAAAACCAAUCAAAGGCGCCGAAUAAUUGCAUUCCCUGGAUGAGCCAAAAAUAAUAAUAUACCCAGUCAAUAUUGGAGUUGUUUGUAUGCAGUUCAGUUCAUUUUCAUCUCAUCCAGUUAACUUAAGUUGCUUAUCCAGUGGAAUGUCUUCGGAGCUAGAUUCCAGAGGGACUUAUCAGUGAAUGGUUGGUUGCUGUGCGAUAUCACCAGGGGGAAAAAAGAGGCGUCUGGUUUUAUGGAAGAGAGGAUAGAGAAAUGAUAAUUAUUUUUUGAAUGCAAGACAAAACAAAGGAAGGCUGUCACACAAAAAGACACUGUGGCGAUGGAUGCAUUUUUGAUUUCUUGAUCAGCUAGACUUAAUGGGGCCACGAGGACCUCUACACCAUGUUUUCUUUCAUCGGAAAAGAGCAUCGAGGUUAUUGUAUUGAUUUUUAAAUAUUUCUCAGAGGAAAGUUGAAUGGCAAAAAAGGAAAAAAAAAAACAGGACACGAAGGCAUUUUUUUUUUUUUUUGUCGAAAAAAGAAAAAAGACAGACACUUCUAUCCACUUAUCGAUUAUCUUUUACGGAGGUACCUUUUUAUGCUUUCAUCUCCUACCAAUAGUAGAGGCAGUUGUGAAUAUAUUUAUUCUAAGUUUUUGCGUGUUGAAGCUCUCCUGUAAGGGAUCAUGUUAUAUUAAUGUAUAGGAUGAUUCUGCAUCUGGUUCAGCCUUCUUACCGCCGACCCACGAAAUACAAUAAAGGGUGCUACGUAAAAA